AUGUCUUUUCAUACUCGUUUGCUUAAAUCGCUAAAGGAGAAACCGAUUGGAAAUGGAGCUUGUGGAGAUGAAAACAAUCGAAUACAUCGUGACAUCAAAACGAGCAACAUUUUGUUGACAGGAGAUUUUACGAUAAAAAUUGGCGAUUUUGGCUUGGCCAUAGAAAGCUCGGAAACAUUUUUCGACAAACUUGCCGGUACUCCACGUUUCAUGACACCGGAAGCGCUUUUUGCAGCUGAAAAGGGAUGCGAGUUUUCAAUCAAAGGCGAUCUUUAUGCAGUGGGUCUUGUUCUGUGGGAAAUAAUCGAAAGAAGGAAAGUCUUCUCCGACAAAUGUGAUGCUGUCAAUAGCUACAAAAUGGCAUUAGACAAAAUGAGAGAAGAGCUCAAAUGUCCUGAGGAAAUCAAAAAUGUUCUAAAAAGGAUCCUUGUUUUCGAGUCAGUCAAUCGAUUACCCGCAGAGAAGGCUUUGAAUCAUUUUAAAGCUUGGCGAGAGGUAUCUUUC